AACAAAGAAUACACUUAAAACAUGUUCGUUUCUCGUAAUUUUCAAAGGUUCAAAGAAAUACAUACAACAACAAAUGAUUGUUUUUGUGUUUUCGACGAGCACAUUGUAAGUGUGUAUGGUUACCACAGUACCACAAUAACAUAAUCACAAGUGACUAGCUGUUUAACCACAUUUCAUAUUGUGCUCUCCGUAACAACACGUCGAUUGCGGUGGAUUUAUUUACGAUCAAACAAGUGGCUUCACUAUUUAAAUAUGCCUUUAAAUGGAGCGGCCGUUGAAACUGGCCUCAAACAUAAUGGUGAGAAAAAUGGAAUCUCCCAGAACAGUUCAAAUCAUCAGCCACAUCGAAUGACUUACGAAGAGGAAUUUUCUCAAAAUGACCCGGAGGUCAACAAUUUGGAUGCAGAUAUUAGGUAUCCCGAUGGCUCGGUGCGUCUCCGGAAUCCGAAUAUCGAACUCAUGGAUCAAGACAUAUUGUACCACCUGGCGCUGGGAAGUGGCUCCCAUGACUUGGUCGAGAUGUUUGGGGAUGUUAAGUUUGUCUGUAUGGGUGGAACUCCCAAGCGAAUGGAGCAGUUUGCUUACAACAUAAUGGCAGAAAUUGGUCACAAAUUGCCAUGCGGAACUACGCUGCAGGACAUCAGUCAUUUUUCCUACCGCUACUCUAUGUAUAAAGUGGGACCUGUACUGUCUAUAAGUCACGGUAUGGGAAUUCCAUCAGUGGGCAUUCUACUCCACGAAGUCAUAAAACUUAUGUACCACGCUAAAGUUCGGGAUCCGGUGUUCUUCAGGAUAGGGACUUGUGGCGGAAUCGGCCAUGAGGGCGGUACAGUGAUUAUUUCAGAGGAAGUCGUCGAUGGAGCACUUCGUAAUGUCCUUGAAUUGACAGUGCUUGGGAAGACACUUCAAAGACCAGCAAAAUUGGAUAGACGACUUGCGCGGGAACUCAAGGCCAUGGGAGAUCCCGAGGAUCCUUAUGACACAGUGACAGGCAAAACUAUGUGCACUUACGAUUUUUAUGAAGGUCAAGGUCGUCUAGACGGUGCCUUCUGCGACUUCACAGAAAAUGAUAAAAUGGAAUAUUUGGAGAGUAUUCAUAAAUCGGGUGUGGUGAAUAUAGAAAUGGAGUCUUUGGCUUUCGCAGCACUUACUCAUCAUGCUGGUAUUAAGGCAGCUGUCAUCUGCGUCACCCUAUUGGACAGAUUGAAAGGAGAUCAGGUUUUAGCUCCAAAGGAAGUCUUGGAUGAGUGGCAGCAACGUCCGACAAAACUUGUUUCUCGCCACAUUAAAAGAUACCUACAGAUGAAAGGUCGUCUGUCCUUAGACGGACAUGGUUCUAUCGCUGUAAAGAGUCCACGCAGAUUCAAGCUGGUCCAGCAAGAGUCUGAAACUUACGACUAAAAUAUCAUAUUUGCUAUGUACCUUACAAGGAUAAGGUAAAACGAAGGUUUUAAGUUUUUAUUUUAAGAGAAAUUUCGUUGAAAGUAUUGCUAAGUUCGAAUGAUACAUUUUAUAAAAUUACUGAAUAAUUGUUGGCAUUGGUUCUUAGAAAAACCCAAAUAGCUAAACGUAAUCAUGUGUAAAAUUAGUCAAUUUCAUUAAUAAGUAAAUCGUACAAAAUCAUCAAAAAUUAAAUUCACACAAUGAUUACUGCCACAAAUAUCUAAAUAUUUCUCAUUGACGCGUAUGUUACCUUGUCAAUAAUUAUAUCACUGUUAGUAUUAAGCAUAUUUAUUGGUAUAGAUGUGUUGUGGUAUGUUUAAUGAUUAUCAUAUUUAUUUUACGGUUCGAUAUCAGAAGAAAAAAAUAGUAGAUUGUGAUAAAAUAAUGAAAGUGAUGCAAUUAAUAAUUUGUUUGCAUCAUUUUUUAUACCAUACGGUUAUUGCCCAGUGUUUUACAUUCUGAUCACUAUUAUUUAGUUAAGUGCCAAUACAUAUCUGUAUUUCUAAAAUUAAAAUGUAACUUAAACCUACUUUUCAUUUAUUAUGUAUUUUAAAGCUGGAACUUUAUAAAUACUUCACUUGUUUUAUACACCUAAUUUUUUUAUAAAUAAUCCAUUUCUUAUACGAAAAAUUAUGGCUAUUUUGCAGAAUUUAAAAAUGUUUUGAUAAAAACUUUGUUAGUGUAUUUAAAGUACUUAAAAGAAGAAUUUGCGGUAGCGUGUGGGCAAGAUGAAAUAAAAUAUUGUUUAAUUUAAUAAUGUUCAGUAAAGAACUAAUUAGUUAAAAAUGUAUCUAGCGUUAGCCUUGCAUUGUGAUUGAAAGUAUAUGUCUACGUAAAAUUCAUAUCUUAUUAAAAUGCGGUUUAACUAUAAUUAAAUAAUUCACUUUUUUAUGAUUUUUGUGUUUGAUAACUAAUGCAAUUGCUGGCAAAGGCAAGGAGAGGUUUUGCAAAAUGUAAGAAUAAAAAUAUAUGAUUAGUAGUUUGCCUAAGUAAGUUCCUAAGUGUUAAGGUUUCUGUUGAAAACCUACUCCUAAGAUUUUUAACUCGGCACUCUAUUUUAUUUUAUAAUCUGUUUAUUACUGUAGAAUGAAGGUACAAUAACUAAUCAUAGUUUAGUAUCGGCUGAGGUCGGUGGGUUUUAACAUUUUUUAACUUUAAAUGUGCUUCCACGGAAUAUUGUAUUUUAUUGUUAAUUGUUCAUGCACAAACUGUUGUCGAUGCUUAAGGUGUUAAUAACUUUUAUAGAAUCUCGACACGUUUGUAGUAAUAAUACAUAGUAAGUAAUACGAUACGAUAAAGAUCGCUUGCCAUCGAUUUAACGACUCGUUACAAAGCAGAAAGAGAGUAGAGAGAGUUAGAUGAAAUAUGAAUUUUUCAAUGAGCGUUUCAUGUAGCGGCUAGUUAAUCGAAGAUUAAUCACUUGUAUUCAAUGGCACCAAUAUCAUAUAAGAGUAUGCCUAGUAUUUUAAUAAGUGUGUAAAAGCAUAUUUAAUAAUAGUCUCAAUUUAUGUUUUUAUUGUUCAAAUAUUUGGAUUCUACAAAAAAUAACUGUUCAUUCUCUUUCUAAUAUUGCAUUUGUUGAGAAAUAACAUAUCUAUUUAGCAGUUUAUCUACAUAUUGUUACCUUGUUCCGAAAUUCAAUGUAAUGUUAAUAACAAAUUACAAUAUUUUCAUAAAUGUUAUAUUCCAAUGAAAAUGUUAGGUUUAUAUAAUACACAAUAAAAUUUUAAUAUAAUGGUUAAUAAUAUUUAUAAGCGAUUCGAGAUGUUCGACUUUAAGGCUUAAGGUGUGUUAAAUAACGAAUUAAAGG